AUGGUCUCCAGUGAAGAGUGGCGUUUCACCAAACACGCCUGGAUUGCCACGCUCUUCGCGGUGGUGACCGGCUAUGCCGAUGUGGUGAGUCUGGUGCGAUACCAAGCAUUCGCCAGCAUUCUCACGGGGAAUGCGAUUUGGCUGGGAAGAGUGGCCGUAGAUCCAAAGUCGGAUGACCAACACACUGGUUGGUACUACGUGGCCAUUUGCGCCUCCUUCUCCCUGGGUUCCGUCCUCCACCGUAUCUGCGAGUUGCGCUGGCCCAACCGUGGCGGGAGCAUUGCAGCCAUUCCGCUUGCGCUGUUGAUGUCGCUCACGGAAAUCGUCUAUAUGGCCACGGAGUGCAGUUUCCACGAGAGCUACCUGCGCUGGACUGUGGUGCUUGUGGCGCCCCUCUUUGGCAUCGUUGCUGCUGCGUGCAGCAACGGGCGCAUGGGCACCCAUACCACCAUGGUCACGGGCCACAUCUUGACGCUCACACAGAUCGUAGGCAAUCUGGUGAUGGCCAGGUUGGGCUAUGACCCCAUGAAGCUCAAUGUGGACAAAAGGAAAUCCAUGAUGAGCAUCAUGGUGAUCGCCGGCACCAUCGCCGGUGCUUGCCUGGGAUCCUAUGCUUUGGUGAUUGUAGAGGUGCACCAUGUGUUGCUCUUCCCGGUGCCUCUGCUGAUCUAUGCCCUGCUGUGGCUACACGAUCACUUGGCGAAGCCCAGAUCGCUCAUCAAGCGGGUGCAAAAGAAAUGGCGGGAGCGGCAGCACUCGGAAGUCUCUGAAGACAUCUCUGUCACCUCCCAGGAUGCAGCUCCAUCCGUGGAAUCUUCCGACGACGAAGAUGAGGUGCACCGGCUUCGUCGUUUGGGGCACGAGAGCUUGAAGCGAUCGGACUGCUAUCAAGCCGCGCACUACUUCCAGCUGAGCCGAGAGCAGUUGCAGAAAAUGGAGGCAAAUGUCACAGAGGUUUUAGGUCUACAGGUCAGCCUGUCACAGGAUCAUGCCUUUGCGCUCAUUUGUUCUCGUCGCUUUCAAGACGGGAUUGCCUUGCUGGAAGGAUGUCUGACCAGUCCAUUGAAGUGCGACAGCAAAUUGCUGAAUGCCUUGGGAUAUGCCUUCUGCCAGAUGGAGGACCUCGAAACAGCUGCCAAAGUUUUCCAGAUGGGUCUCUCUGAGGACCCCGAGAAUCCGAUCAUUUGGAACAACUUGGGCGCUGCCAGAAUGCCAUCAUCAAUGUUCAUGGUCAUUUGCAGGAGUCUGCCGGUACGUUUUUGGGCUCGAGGAUGUCUAAUACAAAGUGCUGAUUUCGGUGCGCUUGGCCCCGACGUGACGCGGGGAACCAUGGAGCCUUCUAUGGUGGUGGGAUGUUUGUGGUUCAUUGUGAUUGCCUUCAUGUUCUUCGCGCAGCAUCAUGUCUGUGAUGCCUACUUCGUCCCCGCCAUCAACGUCUUUGUUGGAAAGAUGAAGAAAUCCAGCAACACAUGGCUGCAGCGUUGGGGAGACGAGGCUGUAGCGGGCGCCACCAUUUGUGCCCUGGGGUGCAACGGUCCUGAAAUGUUCACCAACUUGAUUUCCCUGUACACCGGAUCAGAUGCAGGGAUUGGUGUGGUCGUGGGUUCGGAAAUCUUCAACCUGCUGAUCAUCGUGGGUUUAACCAUCUCUGCCGCUCCGGUGGUCCCAUUGGCACUGGAACGGGUGCCCUUCGCCCGCGACUGCUUCUUCUAUGCCCUGUCCAUCGCCUUGCUCUACUGGGCACUGUUGGAUCAUGCCAUUGAAUCCUUUGAGGCCUGGGUUCUCCUGGGUGCGGCCUUGGUCUACGUCUGCUGCGUGUACUUCACCGGGGAUCUCAUCAUCGCCAUCCCGGCGCUGCGCCCCACAACGGUGGCGCUGGAGGAGCCCGCAUCGCCCAGUAAGAAGAAGGGGAAGAUGCACGGCAUCGAGGUGUCUGUUGAGGAGAUUUUGCAUGCGCGCAUGGCGGAUGCGCAUAAAGAUCAGCAGCAGUGGAAUGUGGACCCAACGGCCCAUGGCAUCUAUGCUGAGCCCCAACAAAUUCCCGCAGAGCAGAAGGAAUCGAAGGGUGCGCGACAGUCCAUCGGCUUCCAGUUUGAUGUGAAGGAUAGUAUGUUGGGUGCUGUGCUGAAGUACAAAGACCUACAGGAAGUGGUCUUGAUGGAGAUGGGCGUCAUGAACUUGGAGUUUUAUCACAAUUUGCAGCACAUCACCUUGCGCUUGACGGUGGAAGAUCCCGAUCAGCGCGACCAACUGCUGAACAACAUCAAGGAGUACUCCCUGGGUCGUCCCUGGGUGCACGGCUAUGAUGCCACCAUCGUGGGGGCCUGGCAGCACUUGCGCCACACCUUGGGGGCCACUGAGAUGCCGUUGAUUCAGAAACUCGUGGCGGUCCCCGAGUUCCUGAUCGAUUCUGUGUUGAGACUCACCCUGUUCCCCGUGGACGUGAAGGACAUCACCAAGGAGUCCCGCUGGCCACUGUGCUUCGCGGGUGCCAUGUUUUGGCUGGCCAUCUUUUCCUUCUUCAUGUUGGAGAUCGCCAACCAGAUACACUACAACAUCCCCGCGCUGCCCAACAGCUUUUUAGGCAUCACCGUGUGCGCCAUCGGCACCUCGUUCCCCAACGCCGUGGCAUCGGUGUUGAUGGCGCAGCAGAACAACCCCGCCGCGGCCAUCGCCAACGCCUUGGGCUCCAACGUGCAGAACGUCUUCCUGGCCAUGGCACUACCAUGGGUCAUCUACCAACUUCAGCAUGGUGGCAAACCCAUCAAUCAGAACGUGGCUGGCAUCAACGAGGGAGUCCUUUGGAUGUGUGGAACUUUAAUCCUGGUGAUUUUCUUCGUGUUGCUGCCACCCUUCUGCAAACUCUCCUAUGCCUAUGGCCCGAUCUUAGUAAGCGUUUACGUGGCAUACUUGGUAGUGACGAGUGGUGAGACAUUUGGUUGGUGGCCACCCUUGGUGAAGUAGUGGCCAUCGACUGGUCUGGUGGCGACCAGCGGGGGAGCCCUGUGAGAUCCGGCGGUGGGUCCAAAAUUCCCAACCCACAGCCGAUCCCAUCAUUGUUUCAGUACGGAAAGGUCAAUGGACCAAUCGAUCUGCGCCAAUCGGAAAGACGGAAGAUGCCGCGCUGUUCAGCGAAUGUGACAUACAUGACCCCACAUGCUGAUCUAACGGUGGGGUGGGCUUGGGUCGCCUGUCAGUUUCCGACUUCGCAAAUGGAUGCAAAUGGCAAUACGUCAAGGUUCAUUUUUGUUAUUUUGAAGGGUACAUGAGUAUGUUAUGAUAUGUUAUUUGUCCGAAGCAUUUUAACUCAUAG